AUGUGUGGCUACUACGGAAACUACUACGGGGGCCUCGGCUCCGGGUGCUGUGGCUACGGCGGCCUGGGCUACGGCUGUGGCUGUGGCUGUGGCUACGGCCGUGGCUACGGCUGUGGCUGUGGCUACGGCUGUGGCUACGGCGGCCUGGGCUACGGCUGUGGCUAUGGCUGUGGCUACGGCCGUGGCUACGGCUGUGGCUGUGGUUACGGAUGUGGGUACGGCUGUGGCUGUGGCUAUGGCUGUGGCCGAGGCUAUGGCUCUGGCUUCGGCUACUACUAUUGA